AUGGCAGAUCGCGAUGCUCCCUCGGGCCCGAAAAGGCGCUGUGUCAGCACGGCGUGCAUCGCCUGUCGCAGACGGAAGUCCAAGUGUGAUGGAAAUCUCCCUAGCUGUGCUGCCUGUUCCUCUGUCUACCAUACGCCAUGCAUCUAUGAUCCAAGCUCAGACCAUCGCCGUAAGGGAGCGUACAAGAAAGAAAACGAUACAUUUCGGACCAAACAUACCACUCUGCAGACCUUGAUUCAGGCUUUACUAAAUUACGAGGAUGAAGACGAUGCCAUUGACUUGGUGCGCCAGAUGCGCUCUUGCGACAGUCUCGAAGAUGUCGCAAAAUCACUCGUGGCCCGGCAAAAGGGCCUCUUAUCUACAGGCCCGAGAGCUCCAGAGCAAACGGCCAGUGAGAGUCCAGAACCCGUGGAUCAGUUCGAGACUGAGCUGUCUGGUAAGAUGAGUGAGCUCAUGUUAGACGGGUCUCGCAAAUUCAUUGGAGGCACCUCCAACCUCAUUUUCCUUCCACCCGGAUUCGAGCUACAGGAGUUAGCUUCGAUGGCCGAUGCCUCAGCCAGCCCUGCCGGCGAUGCACAGUCCGUCGUACGCUGGACACAAGUCACAGACGAUGCAUCAUUGAUCGGCCAUCUCAUGACAAUGUACUUCACAUGGCACUAUCCAUUCUUCACUAUUCUGGCCAAAGAUUUGUUUUAUCGAGACUAUACCCGGGGCGUACCAAGUGCAUAUUGCUCGUCUUUGUUGGUCAACUCGAUGCUGGCUCUCGGCUGCCACUUCAGCUCGUGGCAAGGAGCCUUUUUAGAUCCCCAGAAUGCUGCAACGGCGGGUGAUCAUUUCUUCAAAGAGGCCAAGCGGCUCAUUUUGGAAAAUGACGAACAUGAAAGUUCGAAGCUCUGUACGAUCCAGGCCUUUGCACUCAUGUCUGUGCGUGAAGCCGGCUGCGGUCGCGAAGGUAAAGGCUGGGUCUAUAGCGGUCUGAGUUUCCGCAUGGCGUUCGAUCUCGGGCUGAAUGUUGAUGCGGCAAAUCUCGGGGCGCACAACCUGAGUGACGAAGAAGUCGAUGCUCGUCGCAUUACCUUCUGGGGUUGCUUCCUUAUCGACAAGUGCUGGUCGAAUUAUCUCGGUCGUCAACCCCAACUGAUCUCAGCGAAUACCAAUGUGCCUAAAUUCGAUGUUCUGCCAAAGGAAGAGAUGGAAGCCUGGGCGCCGUACAGCGAUGACGGCGUGAGCCAGGAUAAUGUUCAACCUUCGCGAACCAGGACUGUUGCUUUGCAAUUAUCAAAAUUAUGCAAGAUCAGCGGUGAUCUUCUCGUGUUCUUCUAUCAUCCUUCCGAGAUGGAAAAAUCCCAACAGAAGCAAUCGGAGCUCAAGAAACUCAGCGAUGUUCACACACGCCUUGAAGCAUGGAAAAAAGAACUCCCCAGGGAGCUCGAACCUAAGGACGGACAACUGCCCCAGGUCCUCGUCAUGCACAUGUUUAAUCAUCUCCUUCUGAUCCACCUCUACCGGCCGUUCUUGAAGUACAACAAGACCAACACAACAUUACCUUCACACGUGUCGCCACGCAAGAUCUGCACACAGGCUGCCUCGGCAAUCUCAAAGCUGAUGCGCAUGUACAAACGCACCUAUGGUCUUAAACAGAUCUGUAAUAUUGUCGUUUACAUAGCCCACACUGCAUGCACUAUUCAUCUCCUCAAUCUGCCUGAGAAGAACGCCCAACGGGAUAUAAUACACGGUCUCAAAAACCUCGAAGAGAUGGCCGAAGGCUGGCUCUGUGCUCGUCGAACACUACGCAUUCUCGAUAUUUCUGCCAACAAAUGGCAAGUCGAAUUGCCUUCCGAAGCCAGUGCUCUCUUCGAGCGUACCCAUGCCAAAUGGGGCUCCUGGGGCUCAUGGGAUCAAGCGACAUCUCCGUCCACCUCCGUUGAAUCUCCAAUUACCCACGCAACACUGCAAUCCGCCGUCACUAAACAAUUCCCUCUCAACUCUGUUCCCGUUAUGGGCGUCUCAAUGGGCCCUCAAUAUCCUUCCACAAUGACCUCAAUGCCCCCGAUGCAGGCCGCACCGCGUCCAGCAGUACCGGGACCUGACUUAGCACCACCAGAACCAACAUAUCUCCGCCCAAUAUCACAAGUCCAAUAUCAAAUGCCGGCACUUGCAUCUUCCGGUCCAUCCACCGAUCCGAGUCCAAAUGCCUGGUACGAUACAUCCGGCGCCCCAGUCGCACCCCGCAAUACAACUCCGGUAUCAACCGCAUCACCUGUCAGUGGAUUCGAUGGCACUGAAAACCUAGUCGAACAGAGUCAUGACUGGUGGAGCCGAAAUGCCACUGCGCUAGGCUUGGGCAUGGAGAAUUGGGGUGGACCGUGGAGUCCAGAUGUCUCCAACCCCCAUCUCCAAUAUGAAAAUAAUCCUAGCCAGUUCAUGCCGAUGGGUCGGCGUUCCAGUCCAGGCUCUGUUUCUGACUAUCAGCCGCAUGUUGGCAUGCCAAUGCCGAACAUGAGCUCUCCGGUGGAGAGUCAUGUAACACCCGGAUUUGAGGAACGCUGGCAAUGA